GAAUCUUAGUCGGACGAGAAAUGUGCUAGCACAGCGCUACAACACAACAACAGGAUCUCCGAGCCUAGUCCGUCAGUUCAUGUAUUGAGCUUAAGACUGCAGGUUGAGUUUCUGAUUGCUGCUGCCGACAUCCAUACAAUUUAGAUUGAAACUUCGUUACCUCCAGUUCUGUUUGAACCUGCUCUACACCUUUUCAAUUAUUUUUUGUCAUCCACCGACCAUUCGCGAUGUCUUGCCGAAAUAAAACAAGCGGAAAGCAAACUAGACGUCAGUCGAGGUCAAGAUCCAGGUCGAGGUCGAGGUCACCCGAUCGAUCUCGUGGAUGGCGGAGUUUCACCCGAGACCUGGAAGAAGUUCCCCAGGAGACGACGUACCGCAUCCCGCCCUACUACUACAUACACGUCCUGGACAGCAACACAAAUGUGACCAGUACCCAGAUUGGUCCUCAGACCUUCGUGCGUCAGGACCACAAACGAGUUAACACAGGCCCGCAGAAGAUGAUCGUGGUCCCUCCGCGGCAUUAUUGCACCAUCAAAAACCCAGUGCAGAUGGGUGUAGAUGGGAGUCCACAGAUGGACGAUCAGGGGCAGGUGAUAGUAAGCUUUGGAGAGCUGGAAAUAAGACUACACCAACCGCCUUUUCCGUUGUACCCUGGCGAAGUUCUGUGUGAGAGAGUGUCCCCUCUGAAGAUCGUGGCAGCCAACACUGCCUUGAGGAUUCGCGCUGUCUUAGAUUAUACCGAAGACGACGGUACCGUAAGAACGGCCGGGGAUGAGUGGUUGUUUGAGGGUCCAGGAACGUUUAUUCCUCGAAAAGAAACUGUCGUGGACGAGACUGUGAGGGCUUCGAUCAUCAUGCCUGGGCAUGGCCUCGUUCUACGAGCGAGAAAGGAGUGCGUUGAUCGGAACGGGCAGCAUCGCGUUACUGGCGAAAAGUGGCUGGUCAAGACGAAUGGAGCGUACCUGCCUGGAGCCUAUGAAGAGGUGGUGGAUACCGUGAAAGCUUUUGUUCUCACCGAGAAAAAGGCAUUGCAUAUGCGGUGUCUUCAGAGUUUUAAGGACGACUUUGGGGUCAAUCGUAAGAACGGAGAAGAAUGGCUGAUCACAAUGCAAGAUACGGAGGCACACAUUCCUAAUGUGUAUGAAGAAGCGGUUGGCGUUGUGAAAAUAACUUCUCUGACAAAUCGCCAGUACUGCGUCAUUCUUGACCCCAUUGGACCGAAUGGUAAACCGCAGCUUGGCCGUAAAAAGUUGGUGAAAGGGGAGGCAAAUUUCUUCCUCAUGCCAGGUGAGAAAUUAGAGAAGGGCAUCCAGAAUGUUUACAUCUUGGGAGAAGAUGAAGGUCUCGUUCUUCGCGCAAACGACGAGUUUAAGGACGGGGAAGAGGUACGAGCUCCUGGGGACCAGUGGAUGAUUCGUGGGCCGGUUGAGUACAUCCCAUCCAUUGAGGUAGAAGUCGUUCUGAAGCGCCGAGCUAUCCCUCUGGAUGAGAACGAGGGAAUAUACGUCCGCAAUAUGAAGACGGGCAAGGUUCGAGCAAUAACAGGCGAAACUUACAUGCUCAAAGCCACAGAGGAACUCUGGGAAAAAGAAUUACCUGAUACAGUAGAAAUGCUCAUCCUAAGCGGCAAGGACCCUUUGGCGGAUCGGAAUCUUCGAGGCAAAACGGGCGACGAAACGGUCAGAACCAGAGAUAAGACUCGCAUCGUGAAAUAUUGCGUGCCUCACAAUGCUGCCGUGCAGAUAUACGACUACAAAGACAAGACGUCAAGGGUCAUAUUCGGGCCUGAGCUAGUCAAACUUGGUCCUGAUGAACAAUUCACUCAGCUGAGCUUGUCAGGAGGGAAGCCCAAGCAGAACAGUAUGAUCAAAGCCAUUUGUCUCCUUCUGGGGCCAGAUUUCUCUAAAGAUGUCGUCACCGUUGAGACAAGCGACCAUGCCAGACUGUCCAUCCAGCUAGCCUAUAACUGGCAUUUCGACGUGUCCAAGAAAAGUCCAGAGGAAAACGCUAAACUUUUCAGCGUUCCGGAUUUUGUCGGGGACUCGUGUAAGGCCAUUGCCUCGCGUGUUCGCGGAGCUGUCGCCCAAGUACCUUUUGAUGAAUUCCAUAAGAACUCUGCCACCCUCAUUCGGUCUGCUGUCUUCGGCUACGAAAACGACAGAAUAGGCACAUCUCUUAGAUUCUCACAGAACAAUUUGGUAAUCACUAGUGUGGACAUUCAGUCGGUAGAGCCCGUAGAUCAGAGAACAAGAGAAGCCCUACAGAAGUCGGUGCAACUAGCUAUCGAAAUUACGACCAAAUCACAGGAGGCUGCCGCGAAGCAUGAGGCCGAGAGGCUUGAGCAACAAGCAAAGGGGCGUUUAGAACGACAGAAACUCCAAGAUGAGGCUGAAGCCGAGAAAGCGAGGAAGAAUCUUCUCGAGCUACAAGCCAACAGCGCUGCUGUCGAGAGCACAGGUCAAGCUAAAGCGGAGGCUCAGAGCCGAGCUGAAGCUUUGAAAAUUGAGGGUGAAGCUAGUGUAGCGCAAGCGAGGCUCAAAGCUGAGGCUUUAGCUAUCGAGACGGACGCCGAACUAGAACGUCUGGGAAAAGCUCGGGAUGCCGAACUCACAUUUUUGGGUAAAAGAAAUCGCAUGGAUGUUGAGAAAAUGGCCGAGGUAAGCAGUAUAGAAAUGAACAAGUUCAAGGAUAUGGUGUCCUCCAUUGGCAGCGACACACUGCGGGCGAUGGCAACAGCAGGACCUGACCAGCAGGUGAGAAUGCUGCAGUCCCUGGGACUCAAGUCCACGCUCAUCACAGACGGUUCUACACCCAUCAACCUGUUCAACACAGCAGCUGGUCUGAUCGGGGAGUUGAGCGCACAGCCUCACGCUAAGAAAAGGCGCGUUGAAUCGGACGGAGAGGGAACUUCGGAGGCAGCAGACUGAACUGUGGUGAUUAAGACUUAGUUACAUGUAAUAGAGGGACAGUUCAAUUUAUAGGUCAUUGAUUUAGUCAGUAUUUCAUCAGAAUGCCUGUGUAUUCUUCCGUUAAUAUGUUAUGUGAUUUGUUGUCUUACUUACAUUUUAU